AUGAACACUGCCCAGUCUUCCCUCGACAACGUCGACCUGGACAAGCUCAACGACCAGGACAAGCAGGAGCUGCGUCAGUUCCUCAACAACCAGCAGCAGCGUUCACAGAUCCAGUCCCAGACUCACCAGCUCACCCAGAUCUGCUGGACAAAGUGCGUCCCCGGCAGCAUCAACGGCGCCAAGCUCGACAAGAACGAGGAGGGAUGCCUGGCCAACUGUGUGAAUCGGUUCAUGGACCUCAAUUUCCUUACUGUUAAGCACCUCAACUCGAUGCGCAGCGGUUAA